AUGGCUGCCCCGCACCUCAACUCCGGAGAGGUCAUCCUCAUCCCCAAGACGUCUGCUUCUCCAGCGCACCUUGAGUCAAUCGCAGAGCGGUACAAGAAUAUCCGACUGCAUGGUCUCAAGGUUGAUCCGGAAUCAUUUUCCUCGACAUACGAAUACGAGUCUCAGUUCUCUCCCGAUAUAUGGCUAUCCCGAAUCCAGAACCCACUUGGCAAGACGUUUGUUGCAGUUCUUGAUUCCGACACUGAAUCUCAUGGCCAAAGAAACAACCCUCACCCGUUGGAGACCGAGAGCGCCCAUGAUGCGGUCCAACGCUUACUCGGAAAAAAUUGGGUGGGUAUCGCUACCCUGAUAGGCCCAGUGCCAUUGUCCAGUGAGGACGCUGGUGUCGCGGGGCUGAAGCCCUGGGAUGCUUUUAUUAAAGAUGGCACAUACCAGAUACCUUCCAGUCUCGUUGAGCCAGACGAUCUGAAAGGUGCUCAUAUCAUUUACGUGAUCGUGGGCAUGUUUGUUUUGCCUCAUGGCCGUCGCAAGGGGCACGCUCGUCGGCUACUCGAGGCCAUUAUUAAAGCCGCGGAGGAGGAAGCCAAAGUAUUUAGUGCGUCGAAGACUAGUAUCACUGUUCAGACUGAGGCUGGCAUUGUUGGUGCGCAGCAAUUGUAUGAGAGGGUGGGCUUUGAGGUAUGGGAUGAUGCGGUAUUGAUAGAGAACCAAGGCGGAGAAUCAUCCCACGCAGUGUCAUUGGUGAUGGAGAUGGACACAAAGAUAUGA